AUAAACGCAACAUCCACCAUUAUUGGAGCUGACUCUUUAUUUCUUUUUUUAUUUUAUUUUCCAUUUUCAAUUUUCUCAAACUAUAUAUAAUGCCUCCUCUGUCUUCCAUGUCUCAUCAACAAUCCUGCUGAAGAACCCCACCGGCAUUGCCGUCCGACUUCCUUCUAUGGAUCCCUGAGAUUUCUGGACUCUGACUCUAACGAAUCAUACCUACAGAGUUCGUACUGGAAGCGUUUUAAGCUGUUUCGAAGGGUCUGUUUGGAGGUAAUUUCGCUAUGGAAGUUUUCUCCAGGUCUUCCUGUGGAGAUGACGACGAAGAGGCUCUGAAAUGGGCGGCGAUCGAGAAGCUUCCGACGUAUUUACGGAUUCGGAGAGGAAUACUGAAAGAAGAGCAAGGCGAAGCCAGGGAGAUCGAUAUCCGGAACCUUGGAUUGUUGGAGAGGAGGCAUGUUUUGGAAAGGCUUGUCAAGAUUGCUGAGGAAGAUAAUGAGAAGUUUCUGUUGAAGCUCAGAGACCGGAUUGAAAGAGUUGGUCUAGAAAUCCCAACAAUUGAAGUUCGGUUUGAGCAUCUGAAUGUCGAAGCAGAAGUUUAUGUGGGAAGAAGAGCAUUGCCCACAAUGUUCAAUUUCUCUCUUAACAUAUUUGAGGGCUUACUAAAUUAUCUUCACAUCCUUCCAAGUAGGAAGAAACCCCUAUCAAUUCUUCAUGAUGUCAGUGGAAUUAUCAAGCCUAAGAGAAUGACGUUGCUUUUGGGUCCCCCAAGUUCUGGAAAAACCACUUUACUAUUGGCUUUGGCUGGAAAACUUGGGAAAGAUCUCAAAUUUUCUGGUAAAGUUUCAUACAAUGGACAUGGAAUGGAGGAGUUUGUACCGCAAAGGACUUCAGCUUACAUAAGUCAACAUGAUCUGCAUAUUGGGGAGAUGACUGUCAGGGAGACGUUGGCUUUUUCAGCAAGAUGUCAAGGAGUCGGAUCACGAUACGAAAUGUUGGCAGAACUUUCGAGGAGAGAAAAAGCUGCAAAUAUUAAACCGGACCCUGAUCUUGAUAUCUACAUGAAGGCAGAAGCACUAGAAGGGCAAGAAACUAGCAUAAUUACAGACUAUAUCCUCAAGAUUUUGGGGCUUGAGAUGUGUGCUGAUACCAUGGUGGGGGAUGAUAUGAUAAGGGGCAUCUCUGGAGGACAGAGGAAGCGUCUUACAACAGGGGAGAUGCUAGUUGGACCAGCUAGGGCACUCUUCAUGGAUGAGAUUUCAAACGGUUUAGACAGUUCAACAACGUACCAGAUGGUGAAUUCUCUCAGGCAAUCAAUCCAUAUACUGAAUGGAACGGCUGUCAUAUCUCUUCUCCAACCUGCACCGGAGACAUUUGAUCUUUUUGAUGAUAUAAUCCUCUUGUCAAAUGGGCAUAUUGUGUAUCAAGGCCCACGAGAAGAUGUUCUCAGCUUCUUUGCACAUAUGGGCUUCAAGUGUCCAGAGAGAAAAGGGGUGGCUGAUUUUUUACAAGAAGUGACCUCAAGGAAAGACCAAGAACAAUACUGGGCACUUCGAGAGGAACCAUAUAGAUUUGUUUCAGUCAAAGAAUUUUCUGAAGCGUUUCAGUCAUUUCAUAUUGGUCGACAACUGGGAGAUGAGCUUGCCACUCCGUUCGAUAGGUCCAAAUCCCACCCAGCUACUUUAACAACCAAGAAGUACGGUGUUAGCAAAAAGGAAGUGUUGAAAGCCUGUAUAUCCAGAGAAAUUCUGCUAAUGAAGAGGAAUUCUUUUGUAUACAUUUUCAAAAUGUUCCAACUUAUUAUAAUGGCUUUGGUAACAAUGACUUUAUUCCUACGCACCGAACUGCAUCGAGACACUGAACUAGAUGGAGGGAUUUAUAUGGGUGCCCUGUUCUUUACUCUUAUUGUAAUCAUGUUCAACGGAUUCUCUGAACUUGCUAUGACUGUCGUGAAACUUCCUGUAUUCUAUAAGCAAAGAGACCUUCUCUUCUAUCCUUCUUGGACAUAUGCUCUGCCAACAUGGAUACUCAAGAUCCCAAUCACCUGUCUAGAAGUUGGCAUUUGGGUGGUCAUGACCUAUUAUGUCAUAGGGUUUGAUCCAAACAUUGAAAGGUUUCUCAAACAGUUCCUUUUACUUUUCUGUAUCAACCAAAUGGCAUCAGGAUUAUUUCGCUUAGCAGCAGGACUUGGAAGAAAUGUUGUUGUGGCUACCACAUGUGCGACAUUAGCUCUUCCGGUAGUUAUGGUUUUGGGUGGAUUUAUCGUGGCUCGAGAGGAUGUACACCCAUGGUGGCUGUGGGGAUAUUGGGUCUCACCAAUGAUGUAUGGACAGAAUGCUAUCGCAGUAAAUGAAUUUCUUGGGGAUAGCUGGAGGCAUGUGCUUCCCAAUUCCUCAGAACCAUUAGGUGUUACAAUCUUGAAGUCUCGAGGGAUUUUCCCUGAAGCUUAUUGGUAUUGGAUAGGAGUAGGAGCUACAAUUGGAUACGUUUUGCUUUUCAAUUUUCUCUUCAUCUUGGCCUUACAUUACCUAGAUCCAUUUGGUAAGCCGCAAGCAGUACUAUCUGAAGAUACCUUGGCUGAGAAAAAUGCUAACAAAACUGGAGAAUUCGAACCCCCAACAAAGACCAACAUCUUCUUUGAAAGAGAGAAGGAGAGUCAAAAUAUAUCAUCCAGGACAUUGUCUACAAGAGUUGGAAGCAACAGUGAAUUUAACCAUAAUAACAACCGAGGGAUGGUUCUUCCUUAUGAACCCCAUUCUAUCACUUUUGACGAAAUCAGAUAUGCUGUAGACAUGCCACAGGAAAUGAAAGCACAAGGUGUCGUUGAGGACAAACUGGAAUUGCUAAAGGGCGUCAGUGGUGCUUUCAGGCCAGGAGUUUUAACAGCUUUAAUGGGCGUUAGUGGUGCCGGUAAAACGACUCUAAUGGAUGUGUUAGCUGGAAGGAAAACUGGUGGAUGUACAGAAGGAACCAUCACUAUAUCUGGGUUUCCAAAGAGGCAAGAAACAUUUGCCCGUAUUUCAGGAUAUUGUGAGCAAACUGAUAUCCAUUCUCCCCACGUUACAGUCUAUGAAUCAUUGGUGUAUUCCGCAUGGCUCAGAUUAUCUCCUGAUGUUGAUUCGGGCACCAAAAAUAUGUUUAUUAUGGAAGUCAUGGAACUCAUGGAGUUAACCCCAUUGAGAGAUGCUCUAGUUGGAUUGCCCGGAGUCAAUGGACUUACAACUGAACAGCGGAAGAGGCUAACUAUAGCAGUUGAACUCGUGGCUAAUCCAUCCAUAAUUUUCAUGGAUGAGCCAACCUCUGGUCUUGAUGCCAGAGCAGCAGCAAUAGUCAUGAGAACUGUCAGGAGCACAGUUGACACUGGACGAACUGUAGUCUGCACCAUUCACCAACCAAGUAUUGAUAUAUUUGAUGCUUUUGAUGAGCUAUUCCUCUUGCAAAGAGGAGGAGAAGCAAUAUUUGUCGGUCCGAUUGGUCGCCACUCUUCCCACUUAAUUGAUUACUUUGAGGGAGUUGAAGGAGUUCCAAAGAUCAAGGAUGGGUACAAUCCUGCAACUUGGAUGUUAGAGAUCACUUCACCAGCACAAGAAGCUGCUCUUGGAGUUAACUUCACCGACAUCUAUAGGAAUUCAGAACUGUAUAGGAGAAACAAAGCCUUGAUCAAGGAACUAAGCAUUCCUCCACCAGGUUCGAAGGACUUGUUGUUUCCUACUCAAUACUCUCAAUCUUUCCUUAACCAGUGCAUGGCAUGUCUAUGGAAACAGCACCUCUCCUACUGGCGUAACCCACCAUAUACCAUCGUGAGACUUUUAUUUGCAACUUUUGUUGCCAUUCUAUUUGGGACAAUAUUUUGGGAUCUCGGCUCAAGAAGAAAAACACGACAGGAUCUUUUCAAUGCAAUUGGAUCCAUGUACGUCGCUGUUCUCUUCAUCGGGACACAAAAUUCCUCUUCCGUGCAACCAGUUGUGGCCAUUGAAAGAACAGUCUUUUAUAGAGAAAGAGCCGCAGGAAUGUACUCAGCAUUGCCAUAUGCAUUCGGACAGAUUAUGAUUGAGCUCCCAUAUGUAUUCAUUCAGACAACCAUUUACAGUGUCAUCGUGUACGCCAUGAUCGGUUUCGAGUGGACAGCAACCAAGUUCUUCUGGUAUCUAUUCUUCAUGUACUUCACCUUAUUGUACUUCACCUUCUACGGAAUGUUGGCUGUUGCUAUUACACCCAACGACCAGAUCUCCAGCAUAGUUUCCGCUUCAUUCUAUACAAUAUGGAACGUUUUCUCGGGGUUCCUCAUUCCUCGAACAAGGAUUCCCAUAUGGUGGAGAUGGUACUACUGGGCAUGCCCAGUCUCUUGGACCUUAUAUGGAUUGGUUGCUUCCCAGUUCGGAGAUAUUAAGGACACCCUUCAAUCAGGUGAAACUGUUGAAGAAUUUAUAAGGAAUUAUUUUGGGUACAGACAGGAAUUUCUGGGUGUUGUUGCAGUGGUGCAUAUUGGGAUGCCCCUGCUCUUUGGAUUCAUCUUUGCCUUCUCAAUUAAGGCAUUUAAUUUCCAAAAAAGAUAAC